AUGUUUCCACAUUUCAUAACAACGCUGCGGGGUGCGCACGCGCAUGAUCGCGUUGAAUGCGUUGGCGCUGACGGCCAUCUCGUGCCGACAAACGGAUCCGUUGCCUGUUUAAAAUGGCCGCCGACGCAUUUUGGCGGGUUGUGCUCAUCACGACGGCUGCGCACCACUGCUAGACCUUACGGCAUCCGUGGGUUACUGGGGCUGGCUGAUGAUCGCAUCGGUCUCAGCUGA